AUUAACCGAGGAUGUCGAAGAUCUGGAAUAUCUAACUCCCGGUCACUUUCUCAUUGGUGGACCACUAUUGUCAUUACCACAAGAAGAGCAAGAGUUUGCUCAGCACGAUUUAAGGAACAGAUGGAGGCUUGUUGAACAAAUGAACCUUCACAUUUGGAAACGCUGGUCAAACGAUUAUUUACAUCAACUACAAAUCCGAAGUAAAUGGCAGCAACAAAAAGAAAAUUUAAAAGAAGGAAGCCUAGUAUUAGUAAAGGAUGAGCACUUAACCCCUGGCCGCUGGGCUAUGGGACGAGUCCAAGAACUGCAUCCCGGCGCCGACGGUCAAGUACGAGUUGUCACCUUAAAAACUAAAAACGGGUCACUUAAACGACCAAUAACGAAACUUUCACCAUUGCCGUUGAAACUGGAAGAAUCGAAGAACGAAGAGGAAAGGUCUACUACUUCGAAAAGCAAAAUAUGGCGAGGCACAACAAAACAAAACACAUGGCUAUCACUUGUUCUUCUGUCGAUACUGGCAAUAACAGGAUGUGCACGAUCAUCGCCGACCAGCAAUAACAUACAGGUUACACCUAUACCAAAUAAUCAUCCGAUUUACUUCGAUAUCGCUGGCCAAAUACAACUUAUACACGACGAAUGGACAUUAUUGGUUUAUUACAACUUAACAGCAUACUGGCGAGCAACUGAUCAAAUCAAGAAUUAUGUAAACCAAAUAGAUAAACUAUGCAAUAGAAUAUCACAUGAAUACACGCCUUGCGAAACGAUUGUUGAUCACCUACGUUAUGAAUUGAAUCAUCUAACCGAUUACAACUCAAUGCUGCUUACUCAACACACGAGACCCAAGCGUGGUUACUUUGAUGGAGUUGGAAAAUUAGCAAGAACUCUUUUCGGAGUACUCGACGUCGAUUUCGCAGAAAAGUACGAAAAGGACAUAGAGAAACUACAAUCAAACGACGACUACCUAUUACAACUUAUGAAAAACCAGACAUUGAUUGUAGAGGCUGAAAACAAUAUAAUUAAAAGAAACACUGUCUUUAUGAAUAAACAAUUUGAAACAUUACACGCCUAUAUGAACAAAACUUGCAGCGACAUCACAAGAAUAGAAAACAGAGCACAAAUGCUGUUCACGAUAAACGACGUAAAUUCUGCUGCCGUGACGUCAACUUUAAUUUUAAGUGAUUUAAAUCGGAUAUCUGAAAUGUUGAUAAACGCUCUGGCCAAUAUCUAUAGAGGACAUUUAGAUACUCAUCUAUUUCCAGCUAACCAAUUGAUUGAACAGCUAAACAUAAUAUCUGGGAGGCUGCCACAGGGAUUGUCGUUACCUGUCAAGGAUAUUCAAAGCGAAUUGACAACUAUCUACGAUCUUAUUCAUGUCAGGGCUCGAAUUACAAACAAUUACAUGUUAUUCGAAAUACACGUCCCCUUGCUGAGCGAUGAAGACUAUCAGAUAUAUCGAGUCAUACCUAUACCUUUUCUUCGACAAGGACAGCUAAAAAUUAUACAACCAAGUGCGAGCUUCAUCGCUAUCAACUUCAUAAAAAAUUCGUUUAUAACAAUGGAAGAUCAAGACAUGCGCCAAUGUACUUCAUACUGAGAAGAUCAAUU